UUAACUCCCAAUUAACGCCCAUUUCUCACAAGAAAAAAACGUUAUAUUCAAAGCAGUCCAAGAAACAGUGUUCUUAACCGGCAUAUCCUUAAAUACUCUACAAGCCUCCAAUCUAUAUGCCUUAGUGUAAGGUUAUGGAAUGGGUAGACAUGGGUUCGUUCAAAAACUGGUGGGCGAGCUUUGUUUCCUCGAUUCUUCACCCUUCGCCAAGUUAUUGGACUCUUGCGUUCGGUCGAAGUCUGGAAUUGACGCGCGACGUAUUCAUGCUCGGAUCAUUAAGACACAGUUUUCAUCUGAAAUCUUUAUUCAGAACAGGCUCGUAGAUGCUUAUGGGAAAUGCGGUUAUUUUGAGGACGCACGCAAGGUGUUUGAUCGUAUGCCGCAGAGGAACACUUUCAGUUAUAACGCUGUUUUGAGCGUUUUGACAAAGUUUGGUAAGCUUGAUGAGGCUUUCAACGUUUUUAAGUCGAUGCCUGAGCCCGACCAAUGCUCGUGGAAUGCUAUAGUGUCGGGUUUUGCGCAACAUGAUCGCUUUGAGGAGGCUUUGAGGUUCUUUGUUGACAUGCAUAGUGAGGAUUUUGUGCUUAAUGAGUAUUCGUUUGGGAGUGCUCUUAGUGCUUGUGCAGGGUUGACAGAUUUGAAUAUGGGGAUACAAAUCCAUGCUUUGAUAUCGAAGUCUCGUUACUUGUUAGAUGUUUACAUGGGUUCUGCUCUUGUUGAUAUGUACUCCAAGUGUGGCGUGGUAGCUUGUGCUCAAAGGGCUUUUGAUGGCAUGGCUGUGAGGAAUAUAGUUUCCUGGAACAGUUUGAUUACGUGCUAUGAGCAAAAUGGUCCUGCGGGAAAAGCUCUGGAGGUUUUUGUUAUGAUGAUGGAUAAUGGGGUUGAGCCUGAUGAAAUUACUCUGGCCAGUGUGGUCAGUGCUUGUGCAAGCUGGUCUGCUAUUAGGGAAGGUUUGCAAAUUCAUGCUCGUGUUGUGAAACGGGAUAAGUACCGGAAUGACCUUGUGUUAGGCAAUGCAUUGGUUGAUAUGUAUGCAAAAUGCAGAAGAGUUAAUGAAGCUCGAUUGGUUUUUGAUAGGAUGCCACUUAGGAAUGUGGUGUCUGAAACCUCCAUGGUUUGUGGAUAUGCCAGGGCAGCCAGUGUGAAAGCAGCGAGGUUGAUGUUUUCAAAUAUGAUGGAGAAGAAUGUGGUGUCCUGGAAUGCACUUAUUGCAGGUUACACACAGAAUGGAGAGAAUGAAGAGGCAGUUAGACUUUUCCUCCUCCUAAAGAGGGAAUCUAUCUGGCCAACCCAUUACACCUUUGGGAAUCUACUUAAUGCAUGUGCAAAUCUCGCUGAUCUGAAGCUUGGUAGACAGGCUCACACUCAAAUUUUGAAGCAUGGAUUUUGGUUCCAGUCUGGAGAAGAAUCUGAUAUUUUUGUGGGGAAUUCUCUCAUUGACAUGUACAUGAAAUGUGGAAUGGUUGAAGAUGGAUGCCUGGUUUUUGAGCACAUGGUAGAAAGGGAUGUCGUUUCAUGGAAUGCCAUGAUAGUGGGGUAUGCACAGAAUGGUUAUGGUACAAAUGCCCUUGAAAUUUUCAGGAAAAUGUUGGUAUCAGGACAAAAGCCAGAUCAUGUUACUAUGAUAGGAGUUUUAUCUGCAUGUAGUCAUGCGGGGCUUGUUGAAGAAGGACGUCGUUACUUCCACUCAAUGAGGACCGAGCUUGGUUUAGCACCAAUGAAGGACCAUUUUACAUGCAUGGUUGAUUUACUGGGUCGGGCUGGUUGCCUUGAUGAAGCAAAUGAUUUGAUACAGACAAUGCCAAUGCAGCCGGAUAAUGUUGUCUGGGGAUCUUUACUUGCUGCUUGUAAGGUUCAUGGAAACAUUGAAUUAGGGAAGUAUGUGGCAGAAAAGCUCAUGGAGAUUGAUCCCUUGAACUCUGGUCCUUAUGUUCUUCUUUCAAAUAUGUAUGCUGAGCUUGGUAGAUGGAAAGAUGUGGUGAGAGUCCGGAAACAGAUGAGGCAAAGGGGAGUAAUUAAGCAACCUGGUUGCAGCUGGAUUGAAAUUCAAAGUCGUGUGCAUGUUUUCAUGGUGAAAGAUAAAAGGCACCCUCUUAAGAAGGACAUCCAUUUAGUUCUGAAAUUUCUCACAGAACAGAUGAAGUGGGCUGGCUAUGUGCCAGAAGCUGAUGAUGAUGAGAUUUGUGAAGAGGAAAGUGACUCUGAACUUGUCUUGCAUUUUGAAAUGGAAAUGGAGGCUGAUACUGCAGUUGCUUAAAAUGAAAUUCUUCUGGCUAAUUGCUCUGAGUCCUUCACUAGAAAGUAGGAAGAUCUGGUAUUAAAAUUUCUUAGAAUUUGAAUGAAGGCUCUAGAAAUUUAAGAUGAGGGUUCCUCCAAAAUUUUUCUAAAGGGUUUAUUUAAGUUAAAUGUAUAAGCUAGUAAAUCAGAAUCAGAUUUGCAACUGAGCUUGACUCCUGCAUUAAAGCUCAUGCCACCAUACACAUAACAGCUCUUUUUGCUUUGAGAUUCUAAAGAUAUCGUUCCGCAAGAAAAACAGAUGGCUCACCAUGGGAAGAAUCUACAAGUGAAGAGGUUUGUCUGCUUCUUGGUGAAUCACAUCCACUCCAGAAAGAUCAAAUUGUUCUAACAUCACUGAUCUACCAUUAGCAUCUGCCAAUGUUGAAAAUUUUGAGGAAGAUUCUUUUAGGACAAGCUCACAAGCCUAAAGGUUCCCUGAAGAGCCAAAUCGGAUUUAGGCAAUUUUAGCAUUGCUAGUGAUUGGUUUAAAUUUGCCAAAACAAAAGUUGAUUUUUCAAACUGUUGGGAAAAAAGAAACUAGUUGCUAUUGUAACUGGCAAGGAUAGGAGUAAUCCAAUCUGCAUGUCUAGCCCCAGCUUUAUGGUCUCAAUCAUCACCAAUAGUAUGACCAACAAGAAGAUAAAGAAUUGCUUGAACAGAUGCAUAUUCAGGCCUGUCAUCUGGAUUUAGUCCAAAAACAUAUCAGUAAUAUAACCAAAUUCCUUUGCUAGAAAUAUAUGCUUUAGAAGAAGAAUACUUGUGUACUCAACACAUGGAUUAUCUUGUGAAGCUACCUUUCAUGGCCACUGUUCUUCAACCAUUCCACAUUUCAGGUACAUGGAUUAUCAUGGUAGUAGUUGGCAUUGGCAGCUGAAGGGUUAGCUUGUCACUAGCACUCCAUUGUCGUGUGAUUGGCAAAAACAUUUCCUAGAGGUCCACAAAAUAAAGUAUUACUUCAAUGUUUCAAGUGUUAUUUUUUUUUUUUUCUGUUAAAACAUACACAAAUAUUUGCUGCAAAAGAUCUUAUUUAUUU